AUUAUAAAGAACUACCUAGACUUACAGUUCAUCCAAUUAAAAUUCAAGAAAGAGAUAAUGCUGUAAUUAAUAUGGUUGAAGGUUAUUAUGUUUACUUUAAACCUGUUGGCCCUAAAUUUGGACAAAACCUUGGCAAAUAUAUUCAAUUCUCUUAUGCUCUUUUUCAAAUGGGAGAUGAAUUUUAUGAACUAGUCCAACGACAAGGUAAUAUAAGAAUAUUAGUUCAUGAUCAUUUACCACCUAAUAAUUAUUCAAGUUGUGUACAUAUAGACCCAAAAGAAGUUUACAGGUACCCACAACUAAAAAUGUUACAAGAUAUUUUUGAGAAUAUGCCCUACAAAAUGUUAGGUAUUAAUUGUAUAAUAUUUAUCCAAUUUUUAUCAAUUUAUAUGACAGGUAAAAUCGUGUCUUAUGAAUUUAUUCCUGGUUAUAACCUUUUAUUACCACCAGAAGAAAGAACUAUUCGUGGAUAUAUAGAUUUUUAUUUUAAACCUGAAUAUGAAACCAUUGCAGCUAGUGAACAUCAAGUUGAAGAUUUGUUGAAAAUAGUUGAGGGUAUUUAUCCAAAAGUUAAUUAUAAAUUACCAAAAUUCAAAAAGGCUAGGAGUGCAAAAUCUAAUUUAUAUAAUUUUUUUACUGAUAUACAUUUUCUAGACGAUGUAGAAACCGUCUAUACAAAAUAUAGAGAAGGUAUUAAAACUGUUUGGUAUCCAAUGAUUAAUUUUGUUAAAUAUCAUAAUGUUUUAAUAACUAGUAAAACGAUAUAUCGAUUAAUUAAUCAUAAAAUUAAUAUACCUGAUAAUAAAAAAUUAAUUGUGGAUCUUAAAGAGAUUGAAAAGUAUUAUAUUGAUAUGUUUAAGGUUCCAAUUGAUCUAGAUAUCAAACGCGUUAAAAAUGAAUUAUAUAAUAUAGGUAUCACUAUACCAAUAAGAAAAUUUAUUCGUGAAAUAGAUAAAAUAAUAGCAGAUUUAAUUAAUCGUUUUAAAAAAGAAUACCCUCAUCCUGAAGGGAUAUUCACAAGGCAUUUGGGUACUGUUAAGAUGGUUGACAAGAGUAAUGAACGAUAUUUUACUAACUUAAAAGUUAAUGAUUUAGAGAAACAAAAAGAAGAAGAAAUUUGUGAAGCAGUUUUUCAACAAUUGUUUCCAAUAUUAGAAGGUAAUACAGUGAUCCCUUCAGUAUCACAUGUGUUUCUUAAAGAUAAAGUUCUUAAAAGAUCCAAAGUUGAAUUAGAAGAGAAAAUAAGAUCUAUUAUUGCACAAGAUCCACUUACUUAUUAUAGUGGAAUAUUAGUUAAUGCAAUGGAUUCAACUAUGACUUACCCUUACCUAAGAAUGUUAAAAACUAUUAGGAAAAAGGGUUAUAUGAAUCAUCCUAAUCUAUAUUCUGGUGAAGUUCGUAUGAAACAUCAAAGACAUAGUACUGGUCAGAGUACUGUGAGCCCCGAUAAUACUAUUUAUUGUUUAACUCUUUUUGUUGAGGCUUGGACACAAAUUACUGGUUUUCCUGCAGCCGAUUUUUUUAAAUAUAAUUAUAUAACAGCCUACAGAGAUGACAAUAUCCUAAGUAGUAACUGUUUUAAUGAUAAAUGGAAUGCCGAUGCAAUAGUCGACUAUUUUGCAAAAAGAGGAAUUAGCUUAAGAACCGAAGGUGAAGCUAAAGGUUCACUUAAUGGAAUUGAGUUUUUAUCAAAACAAUAUUAUGAAGGAACAAAAUUAAUACAAGAUGUUUAUAUAGAUCCAGAAUACAAAAAUAAGAUUAUCUGUAGUCUAUUAGGUACAG